AUGCGUCAGCCAUCUCGUCAGGAACUCGACUACUUCAGCCAACAAGUUAUGGCUGGGAGAAGGAACAACAACAACGGAGAGAUGGGUGGUCAGAACAACCAGUUCCUAGAAGGACUUACAGCACUCCUACAUGAACAGAACCGCAUUCAUGGGGAACAAAUUCAACAAAUACUGCAGGCUAGGGAGCAGGGGAGCACACCCAGACGUUCUGCACCUAGCACGCAACCGGUCUACAAGCAGUUUCGGGAGCUUGGACCGACGGAGUUUAAAGGCACCACGGACCCGAUCGCUGCAGAGGGAUGGAUUCGGUCUCUAGAGACGAUAUUUGACUUCAUGCAGCUCACAGAUGCGGACAAAGUCAGGUGUACGAUAUUCAUGCUCCGGGAUGAUGCUCGAGUAUGGUGGGAGGGUGCGCGGCUGACUGUAGAUCUGGCUACCUUGACUUGGACUGAUUUUAAGGAGGUAUUCUAUGGAAAGUAUUUCACAGUUGACAACAGGACACGGCUGGCACGGGAAUUCUUGGAGCUUCGCCAGGGAGAUUUGUCAGUGGCGGAGUAUGUCAGGAGAUUCGAGAGAGGACGCUAUUUCAUACCUAUGAUUACCAGCCAACCAGUCGAGGAGCUGAAGCACUUUACAGAAGGUUUGAGGCCGGCUAUUCGCCAUGAUGUCAGGCUGAGUCGGGUCACCACAUUCCGAGAAGCCGUUGACCAGGCACUGAUGUCCGAAAGAGACAGAAAUGACAUGAUCAAGGAAGCUCAGAACAAGAGACUGAGUUAUCAGGGACGGGAUCAGCAGGAGCCGGGGAAGAAGAAGACAAUUCCUGGUCAGAAUUUAGGAAAGCAGCAGUUUAAGCAAGCACAGCCGCGUCAGCAAAUUUAG